AUGGCAGCCAUGGAGGGACCACUAAGUAAAUGGACAAACGUGAUGAAAGGAUGGCAAUACCGCUGGUUCGUCUUAGAUCCUCAAACUGGUCUUCUCUCGUACUAUACAUCUAAAGAGAAAAUGAUGAGAGGAUCCCGAAGAGGUUGUGUACGACUUAAGGGUAAACGCAAGCUACGCAAAGGCAAGAAAAAGAAGACUCAUUCACAUCACAAUGUUCACUAUGAUCGCUUACAUCAUCCCGUACAUCGUCUUGCAGCACGCGAUGCAGAGGAGCGUGGUAAAUGGGUGAAUGGACUAGAAGAAACAAUUGUCAGACAUUCACAGCCGCGUUGGUGUGACGUCUCCAGUACUGGUGUUCCUACACUUGAAGAUUUUGAUAAGAAGUUAGUUGAAGCUGAUGCCUACCUCCAGAUCUUGAUAGACCAGUGUAAUGCCUUGGAAAUAAAAAUAGAGAAAUGUCAAGAUGAAGAGGAGAAAAAAAAAUAUGAAUCCUUGAAAGAUGCUGCUCAUAAUCUAUUGGAAUCAAUAAAGCAAUCUAUCGUGUUGUUACAACUUGCAAAGUGUUUUCUCUCUCAGAAUGCUGUCAAUCCAAUGAAUGGAGUUGUACAAGUUGAAUCCUUUCCGGAAGAUACGCCCAACUAUGCAGAGAAAGCGACCAGAGCCAUGGGACUAGGUGCAGCAAGUGAUCCUGUCUCUCAAAGUCAUCAAACCAGUCCUCCUAUGUCACCAAUUAAACUUUCGUCAGUGCCUGCAGUCUCUUAUUCCAGUCCCCCUAUGUCACCAAAUAAACAUUCAUCAGUGCCUGCAGUGUCCUAUUCCAGUAGUGAUGAUGAGGAAGAUUUCUUUGAUGCUGAUGAAUAUUUAUAUUAUGAAGACACUCAGUGGGACUCACCUCGAGAUGACUCUCCAGUUCAGUUUUUGGAUACAAAAGAUGUUGAGGUGAAAUCCCCAGAUCCAGUGACGGCAACUCAGAUGUAUGAAGAGGAUGAUGACGAAGAUGAUGAACUGGACUGUGGUAAGCAUGGAAGUGUGAUUACACAUUUAUUGUCACAAGUUAGAAUAGGAAUGGAUUUAACUAAAGUUGUACUUCCUACAUUCAUACUGGAACGAAGGUCUUUACUAGAAAUGUUUGCAGAUUUCUUUGCACAUCCUGAUUUAUUUUCAAAUAUACCUGACUAUGAAGAUCCUAAGGACCGUAUUGUACAGGUGACAAGAUGGUUUUUGUCUGCGUUCCAUGCUGGUAAAAAAGGCUCCGUAGCAAAGAAACCAUACAAUCCUAUUAUUGGAGAGACGUUGCAGUGUUUUUAUGAUGUAUCAGAAUCCAAUGGUGAAUACCAUGAACCAGCAGAGGAUGAAUUAGUUCCUGAUGGUCCAGUUCCAUGGGCUACAAAAGACCAAGUUACGUUUCUAGCGGAACAAGUAUCCCAUCACCCACCGAUUUCUGCUUUUUAUGCUGAAAAUUACAAUAAAGGUUUAUCAGUUAAUGCCCAUAUAUGGACAAAAUCAAAGUUCCUCGGUCUUUCAAUUGGUGUUGAGAUGAUUGGCCAGGGUUGUCUGUCAGACUUAAAACAUGAUGAAGAAUACAUGGUGACAUUCCCCAAUGGUUACGGUCGGUCUAUACUCACUGUGCCGUGGUUUGAAAUGGGAGGUAAAUGCAGCAUUUCAUGUGCUAAGACAGGGUUUGCGUCUACCGUAGUGUUUCAUACUAAACCGUUCUAUGGUGGCAGUAAACAUAGGAUUACAGCUGAGGUUUCGCAUGUGUCAGACCGUAAACCUUUCCUGACUGUAACUGGGGAAUGGAAUGGUGUAAUGAUGGCUAAAUGGGCUAACGGGACAACAGAGACUUUUAUAGACACAACAACUAUGAAGACUUAUAAGAAAAAAGUUAAACCGAUAGAUCAACAAGGUGAAUUUGAAUCUAGAAGGCUAUGGAAGGAUGUUACUUACAAUUUAAAGAUGAAGAACAUGGAUGCAACAACUGCUGCUAAACAUAAACUGGAAGAAAGACAACGUGCAGAACGAAAAGAGAGAAAUGAGAAGAACAUUAAAUGGCAAACAAAGUAUUUUUAUGAGGAUGGAGACAAUUACAUUUACAAGAAACCUUUGCAGAAACGUUUAGACGAGAAACUGCAACAACUUGAAAAAGAAAAAGAACUACAAUUACAACAACAAAAGAAAGAGCAAGCUGCCCUGCUACACCAACAGCUUCAGCUCCAAUUACAGCAACAACAAGUACAGAUGCAGUUAGAGCUGCAACAACAAGGACAGCCACCAGCUGCAGUCCAACCACAAGAGCAAGGAUCGACAAUGCAACCAGUACUACAAACACAAUCUGAACAGCUGACUGCAGCUAAGACAGAUCACAAUGCAACUGAAUUGUCAGCGGAUUCAGCAGCAUGUCAUAGUGGUGACACUUCUGCUACCCAACAACUGCAGGAUCUCUUAGGUUAACUACAACACUGUAACACAAUGUUGGCAAGUGUCACUGUAAUUGCUUAUGUUGCAGUUUCUGUUAGGCAUGAUGGCAUCGUGGUAUGCUGUGGUAAUUAAUAUUAGAAAGACAUUGGCUUGAGUAAAAAUCUUUAGUGUUGACUCAACAGGAAAUUAAGCAUUACCUCAUGAAGCUAAACACAUGUUAUAGAUUCUUCCAAUAUCUUGACUUUUUUUUAUUACAUUAGAAAAAAAAUGGUAAGAUAAUCAUUGCAACUAUUGCAG